UUGCAUUUCUAGUCAGGCACGACACAGAAUUCCUAUGACAUCAGACAUACGCACGCUUUGGGGUCCUUCAGCUGAAUGGUUGAAGCGCCUAAUUUCUGUAUUAUAUUAUUUGAAAUGUCAGUAUUUGUAUCGCUCGUGGAUUAAGUUAUAUUUAUUGAUUCACCUUAUUGAUUUGAUUAAAGUGGGUGGUAAUGGAGGAGGUAGAUGUGGAGCCAACAACUACUCCUAUCCCUGGGUUCGACAGCAACCAAAAACACUUGGGAUUUGUGUGGGGUCCUGGAGAUAUCCUGGUUUAUGAGACCAUUUACAAAGCAUCAGGUGGAUCUGCAGGGGGUUGUCCCUUUGUCCACGAGGUCAGGAAAGAUGAGGACAUCUAUUCCCCUAUUUUGCGUAAACUCUUCAAUGAGUCCCAUCACAUCUUUGUUGGUCUGCAGAGGAUCAGAGAGGAUCUGCCCAGCAAGAACAAGAAACCCCAGUUCGUCAGUAUUAGCAAGAACUACAGGUCUGUGAUUCGAGCAUGCAUGGAGGAACUACAGCAAGUCGCAGUUUCUACACAAGAUGCAGCAUUGGCUACACAGUAUGGAAAUCAGGUGUCAAUCCUGCUGGCAGUAGAGCUGAUCUGGAAUCUUUGUGAAGUGUUGUUCAUCGAUGCAGCUCCAGCUGGCUCCCUGGUGCUCCACCUGCUCGACUGGGUGAGGCUGCACAAGGCUGACGUGGAUGAGAAGGCCAGGGAGGUGCUGGCGAGUGAGAGCCCCGCAGAGCACCAGGCCUACUGGGACGUGGUGAUCAGCUACGUGCUGCAGGGCCGGAUGGACGAGGCCAGGCAGGUUCUGGUGAAACAGGCAGCUUUGCAGCCUGCAGCCAGGGUCAUGUUCAAGCUGCUGGACAACUUGCUCAUGAAGAUGCCCAUCUUCAAUCCUGGUGAGACUCAGACCCUGACAGAGUUUGAUGUAAAGUGGAGACACUGGCGUGAGGAGGUGGACCACUGUCUCCAGGACCAGUCCUUUGCCAGCAACCGCCACCUGGAGGACAUCUGUAAGAUCCUGGUUGGUGAUGAGGAUGUUCUCCUGGAGUACAAGGAGCUGCUGAGUACCUGGUAUCACUUCCUGGUCACCAGACUGCUGUUCUCCCACCCCACUGUCAAGCCCACAGAGCUGCACUACUACGCACAGUCUAGCAUGCACAUGUUCCUGGAGCUACAGAGUGAGCGAGUUCCUCUGGACAGCAUCCGCUGGCAGCCUUUGAGUUUGACAUCCACCAGCAUUGCUCUCAACAACUGGUGGUUUGUGGGGCAUCUGACUGACCUGCUGGACCACUGUAAACUGCUCCAGUCUCACAACCUACAUUUUGGCUCCAACCAGUUUCUACUGCUGGAGUACGCCUCAGGACUCUUCACCCAUCACAGCCUGUGGCAGCUGGCUGUGGACUCUAUGUAUCUCUAUGGUCUGUAUCUCUAUGGUCUGUAUCUCUAUGGUCUGUAUCUCAGGUUUCUCCAGGACUACUGUGCCAAAGGGACCUUCUCUGAUCUGGACCUGAUUGACAACCUGGGUCCAGCCAUGCUGCUCAGUGACAGGCUUACUUUUCUAGGGAAGUACCGUGAGUUCCAUCGGCUGUACGGCGAGAAGCGUUUCUCGGAUGCCGCCAAGCUCCUCCUCUCCCUGAUGACGGCCAAGAUCGCCCCACAUUCCUUCUGGAUGACUCUGCUGACCGACGCCCUGCCCCUGCUGGAGCAGAAAGAGGUGAUCUUCUCUGCUGAUCAAACUCAUGAGCUGAUGUUCUGUCUGGAGGAGCUGACCUCAGGGAAGAGUGUUCCCACCCCAGACAGACCCAUGCAGGAUGAGGACAUCGAGACGACAAAGAUUGAGCUCCUGCGGCUAGCGCUAGCUCGUAACCUGGCCAUGGCCAUAGUGAAGGAGGGGACAGUGGAAGUUUGACGAGCACUUAUCUUUUUAUACUGUACAUAAAACAAAUCAAGUCUGAUCAAAAUGUGCUAUUUGAUAAUAAAGAAAUGCUUUGACAUGAA